AUCAUCCCUGUUUCUUUUUAAAUCACAUCCAGGAAAAUGAAUAUCUCCAAUACCUACAACAGCUCCAGUCAUACAGCUGGUUUCAUCCUCCUUGGGUUCCCCUGUAGCAAGAACGGUCAAAUCCUCCUCUUCAUACUUUUCUUGAUCAUCUAUAUCCUGACCCUUCUAGGAAAUGGUUCUAUCAUCUGUGCUGUGUACUGGGACCAGCAGCUUCAUAACCCCAUGUACAUCCUCUUGGCCAGCUUCUCUUUCCUGGAAAUCUGGUAUGUCACUUCUACUGUCCCCAAUAUGUUGGUCAACUUUCUCUCUAAUACCAAGAUGAUCUCCUUCUCUGGAUGCUUCCUCCAGUUCUACUUCUUCUUCUCUUUAGGUACUACAGAAUGCUUUUUUCUGGCUGUUAUGGCAUUUGAUCGGUAUCUGGCCAUCUGCCGACCUCUGUACUAUCCCACCAUCAUGACAGGACAUCUCUGCACCUGUCUAGUGGUCAGCUGCUGGGUGUUUGGCUUCCUCUGGUUCCUGAUUCCCAUCAUCCUCAUUUCCCAAUUGUCCUUCUGUGGCUCCAAAGUCAUUGACCACUUUCUAUGUGACCCAGGCCCACUGCUAGCUCUCACCUGCACCAGGGCCCCUUUAAUAGAGUUUAUCUGUUCUACCUUGAGUUCUUUGCUCCUGUUUGUACCCUUCCUCUACAUCAUGGGAACAUAUGCCCUAGUCCUGAGAGCUGUGUUGAGAGUUCCUUCACCAGCAGGUCAGCAUAAAGCCUUCUCUACCUGUGGGUCCCAUUUGGCUGUGGUGUCACUGUUCUAUGGCUCUGUGAUGGUGAUGUAUGUGAAACCAACAUCAGGCCAUGAAGCAGGAGCACAGAAGACUGUGACCCUCUUUUAUUCUGUGGUGACCCCAUUCUUAAAUCCUUUGAUCUACAGCCUUAGGAACAAGGAUAUGAAAGAUGCCCUGAGGAAAUUUCUGGGUACAUAA